AUGGCUCUACCUCAGGGUUACACGGCUGCUACAGGUGAUUCUCUUCCCCCAAACGCUGUCUGUCGUUUACAUAAAUCCCUGUACGGUUUGCGACAAGCUUCACGGCAGUGGUAUAUUACCUUUGCCCGAGUUUUGACGGCCGCCGGUUUUACUCAGUCACAAGCUGAUCACACGCUAUUUGUUCGAAUGUCUGGUUCAUCUUUUGUGGCUUUACUCGUCUAUGUGGACGAUAUCAUCAUCACUGGCAAUGAUGAUUCUGCUAUCCAGAAUUUAAAAAGCCUUCUCGGCAGAACUUUUCACAUCAAGGACCUUGGUUGUUUGAAGUACUUUCUGGGAUUGGAGAUUGCUCGUUCGCGGACCGGCAUCGCUGUCAACCAACGCAAAUACUGCCUGGAAUUGAUUGAGGAUGCCGGCUUACUCGCCUGUAAAUCAGCUUCCACUCCGCUAGAUCCCAACUCUCGUCUGACAAAAGGAUUGGGAGAACCGUUGUCGGACAUUACUAGUUAUCGACGACUAGUUGGCAGACUUCUGUACCUCACACUCACUCGACCAGAUAUUACCUUCGCCGUGCACAAGCUGAGUCAGUUUCUCUCUUGUCCAACCACAGUUCAUCUUCAAGCUGCUCAACGUGUCGUGCGUUACUUAAAAGGGAAUCCUGGCCAAGGUCUACUGUAUUCAGCCACAUCUGACAUUCGUCUGAAUGCCUUUGCAGAUGCUGAUUGGGCCUCUUGCCCCGACUCUAGACGGUCGACUUCGGGCUUCUGUGUUUUUCUCGGUGAGUCUCUUAUAUCCUGGAAAGCUAAAAAGCAAACAACCGUCUCACGUAGUAGCACCGAAGCCGAAUACAGAUCCCUAGCAAACGUAACUUGCGAGCUUGUCUGGUUACAUAAUUUGCUCAGUGAUUUACACGUUGUUGCUUCUGGCCCUGCAACAUUGUACUGUGACAACAAAUCUGCCAUCUACAUUGCUUCAAAUCCGGUUUUUCACGAGCGGACAAAGCACAUUGAUAUUGACUGUCACCUUGUACGGGAGAAACUUCAAUCGGGUUUUCUGAAGAUGCUCCAUGUUCCCUCACACAAUCAGCUGGCCGACCUCUUUACCAAACAGAUGCAACCUGCUCUGUUUUCUGCUCUUUUGCGUAAGCUUCAUCUUUCAAGCCUCUAUCUACCGAUUGCGUCUUGA